UGAAGGCGGCUUCAAUUGCAUUCUAGCCAAAAGGAAGAUCUCAGCAUAAUAGGUUAACUCACGUCCAUAUUCUCCUUCAAGCCGGCAUUUUGUUUUAUGUUUUUGUUUUCUCAUACUGCUAAUAGUUACUGAAAUCUUUUGCCUACAUAUACUCAUCUUAGUUUCUUCUAGCUUUUAAGUACAAAUUUCUAGCUAAGUAUUAACCGAACAAAGAGGAUGGUGAAAAUAGGAGUUAUGUUCAUGCCAAUACAGGGCGUCGGUCACCUAAUCUCGACUGUAGAGCUCGCAAAACUUCUCUUGAAAAAUACAGAAAUCCACUUCUCUAUCACAAUUCUCACCAUAAACCACCUUGUCCCUGCAUGGGCUUCUGCCAUCAAAGCCUACAUCGAUUCAGUUAUCUCCCUCGGCCUUGACAUCACCUUCGAAGAGCUUCCUCAGAUUGACCCUCCCAAUCACCAGAAACCAGAAACCUUCGUUACCCGCUUCGUUGAUUCCCACAAGCCUCUUGUUAGAGACUCUAUCUCCCGAUACCUCUCCUCUCCGUCGAGCCCCCCUCUUUCUGCCUUAGUCCUUGAUCUGUUUUGUACAAGCAUGAUCGACGUUGCUAAUGAAUUUGAUAUCCCUGCUUAUAUUUACUUCACUUCAACUGCUGCAAUGCUCAGUCUCAUGUUAUACCUCCCUGACUAUUACUCGAAUGAUGUUGAAGGAGAUAUUGAUCUCCCAGGCCUCUCAUCUUUGCCUAAGCUCUGUGUACCUGAGAUCCUUAGGGACAAGAAUGAUGAAGACUGUAAUAUAUUUCUGCACCAUGGCAAAAGAUUUCGGGAGGCUAAAGGGAUAAUUGUUAACACGUUCGAUGAGUUAGAGCCGGCGUCAUUGAAGGCUUUGGUUGAUGGCCGGUGCUUGCCUGAUCAUCCCACACCUUCGGUCUUUCCUGUUGGACCGUUGCUCGCGCUUGAGCAAAAGAAAGAUGGGUCGGAGUGUCAUGAAUGCAUAAAAUGGCUUGAUGAGCAGCCACUGGGUUCUGUGGUCUUCUUGUGCUUUGGAAGCCUUGGUUGCUUUGAACGUCCUCAGGUAAAGAAGAUUGCUGAGGGCCUAGAACGAAGCGGGCAGCGAUUCUUGUGGGCCUUGAGAAGCCCUUCAACCGAUGACAUCCGACUUCCAACGGACUCCAACUUAGCCGAGGUAUUACCUGAAGGAUUCUUGGAGAGGAUCAAAGAGAGAGGCAAAGUUUGGCCUUCGUGGGCACCUCAGAUACAAAUCCUGGCUCACAAAUCAGUAGGAGGAUUCGUGACGCAUUGCGGGUGGAACUCAAGCCUAGAGAGCAUUUGGUUCGGGGUGCCAAUGCUCGGGUGGCCUCUCUACGCAGAGCAGCAUCUGAAUGCGUUUGAGAUGGGGAGAGUGUUGGGAGUUGCGCUGGAGCUGAAGUUGGGUGACGAGAACGAGGGAUUUGUGAGCUCUGAGGAGGUAGAGAGGGGAGUGAGGAGGUUAAUGGGGGAGGAUGAGGAAGGGGUUAAGGUGAGGACAAGAGUUGAAGAGAUGAAGGUCGCAUCAAGGAAGGCUUUGCAAACUGGAGGAUCUUCUGAUGCUGCUUUGGAGAGAUUUGUUAUGAAGUUGAUUAGUGAAAUGCCGAGUAAGUAAUUAAGAAGAUUCAGUUGCUGGGUUUAUGCAAUGUUAUCAUCUUCUAAACUAUCAUUAAUUAUCGCCUUUUGUAUUAAAGUUA